CCCUCCCACUGUAAAUGGUCCAUCAUGGCCUCCUCCUCCUCGUCACCAUCACCGUCCGCUCCAAACGAUACGGCGACCGCGUCCAAUAUCCUCCAAUUCUCUCCCCUCCCAACGCAGAUCUCCGCAGACUUCUGGCACGCCCUCUCCACUCUCAAGCUCGACCGGCUUCGAUUGAAUGAAGCUCCUCUUCCGCUGCGAGGAGAGUAUGGUGUUGCGAGAAGGGUCAAGGAUCGAAAGACGGGGGAAGUGGUGGCUGUCCAGGGUACGCUGGCUCUGGCAGAGGGGAGUCUCGAGGCGGUCGAUGCCAGGGGACAGGCAGGGCCACCAUUAGAAGCUACUUCAUCGUCACAGCCAUUUUCAGCAAGCUCGAACCGGCCCCUCUCUGUCCCAGCAUACGGAACCCUCCUCAACUACAACACAGCCGUCGCCUUCACUUCGGCAGACAAGAAUGCCCUCUUCAAUUCACAGGCAGAUGAGAUUCUCUCCAACCUUCUCCACUCCCCGGAACCCCUACGCGAUGCCGUGUUGAGGUUCACCAUCCUGGCCUACGCGGACCUCAAGAAGCACAAAUUCUACCACUGGGCAGCACUUCCUGCACUCGUGGCUAAGCCCGGCUGGUCACUCCAGGGAGGAGGAUGGAGUGCAAUAGAGGAGGAACAAGGGGAGAAGAUGAGCGAGGCAUUGAGGGAGCACGUUGAAAGAUAUAAGGGUACUUGUGAUGCCGGAUUUGCACUUGUGAGGCAAAAGGAAAAAGGAGAAGGCUAUCAUCUCGGUCGUAUUACCGACUAUGUGAGCUUCUAUCCUGGAGGCGUCGAGGAGAGUGAGCCCCCUACGGUCCUCUUCAUCGAUCCAUCGUCACACGACUCUGCGCCAGGCUGGCCGUUACGCAACCUUCUCAACCUCUUUGCCGUACGGUGGGGCGUCAAGAAACUUCGUGCCGUCUGCUGGAGAGAUGAGCUAUCGUCCACCUCUACGGGUACUUCAGCUUCGCUCAUGGGCACUGUCUUCCUUCCUACUGACAAUGCCUCUUCAACAGGAGGCCUUGUCCAACCGGAGGGAUCCCCGUCUCCUCUCCCACUCGCGCAGCUUGCCUCGUUCCCUGCCCGCCCAGCAGCAGUAGGAUGGGAGCGCAAUGCGCAGAACAAGCUCGCCCCACGGGUAGCGGACCUGGGUCCGCUAAUGGACCCGCACCGCCUUGCCGACCAAGCCGUGGACCUCAACCUCAAGCUGAUGCGCUGGCGCCUCCUGCCAGAGAUUGAUCUCGAGGUCAUCUCUCGCACCCGCUGCCUGAUACUCGGCGCCGGUACGCUGGGCUGCUACGUCGCUCGCUUGCUCCUCGCAUGGGGCGUGAGGGAGAUGACUCUGGUGGAUAAUGGGAAAGUCAGCUUCUCCAAUCCGGUUCGGCAACCCUUGUUCGAUUUUGAGGACUGCUUAUCAGGAGGAAGGAGCAAGGCGGAAUGUGCAGCUGAGCGACUGGGCAAAGUCUUCCCUGGGGUCAAGGCAAGGGGGGUUGAAAUGGGAGUGCCAAUGCCUGGGCAUGGGCAUACUGCCGGCAAAGGGGACAAAGCAGGCGGGGGAGGAGGCAGUGAGCGCGAUGUUGCGCACUUGGAGCGACUCUUUGAUGAGCAUGAUGCGAUUUUCUUGCUCAUGGAUUCGAGGGAGAGCAGGUGGUUGCCGACUUUGCUCGGAGCGGCCAAGGGGAAAUUGGUGAUAAAUGCUGCGCUGGGAUUUGAUACAUUUUUAGUCAUGAGGCAUGGAGCUGGGCCUCCGACGAACGAAGCGACACAAGAGAAGGAGGGCGAGGGCAGACGAUUGGGCUGCUACUUUUGCAAUGAUGUUGUGGCACCUACGGAUAGCCUUACAGAUCGCACUCUCGAUCAAAUGUGCACCGUCACACGGCCAGGCCUCGCAGCAAUCGCCUCCGCCUCCGCCGUAGAGCUCAUGAUCUCACUGCUCCAACAUCCACGCCGUCACAACGCACCCGCGCCACCUUCCGGUGAUGACCCCGAUCCACAAUGCUGUCUCGGAUUACUUCCCCAUCAGCUACGCGGGUCCCUAUCCUCCUUCUCCUCUCGCCGAGUAACAGGGCAGGCCUUCGACCGCUGUACGGCGUGCUCCGAGGUUGUGGUUCGGCAGUAUAGGACAGAGGGAUGGGCAAUGGUACGCAAGGCGCUCGGCGAGGACCCGGCCGAGGCAGAGGGGUAUCUCGAGAGGCUGACGGGGCUGGAUAAGAUGUACGAAGAGACGGAGCGAUUGUUGAUGGAAGGGGGGGAUGUGGGAGAGUGGAGUGGAAGCGAGGAAGACGAGAGCGAGCUGUAAAUCAUUUCCACUAUUUCAGUAUCUCGACUGGGCGACAAAUACCAUCAAAUCGUCAUGCUGCCCUUUCCUCACUCCAUCUCAAUCUCAAAAGCCCCUCCAGCCUCUACGCCCUCUCCCUUCCCUAUCGUCCCUUUCACAUCACCCCUGACAGCCAUCUUCUUGGCCUUGACUGACCUUCCGCUUCCUCGCUUCACAUCCCCCGUCUCUCCAUCAAUACUG